AUGAGCGACAUCACUCACCCCACUAUCAAGGAUGGCUGGUUCUCCGAGCAGUCCAACAUGUGGCCUGGCCAGGCCAUGAACCUGAAGGUUAACCAGAUUCUCCACCACGAGAAGUCCAAGUACCAGGACGUUCUCGUCUUCGAGAGCAGCGACUACGGCACUGUUCUCGUUCUCGACAACGUCAUCCAGUGUACCGAGCGCGAUGAGUUCUCCUACCAGGAGAUGAUCACCCACCUGGCCAUGAACUCCCACCCCAACCCCAAGAAGGUCCUCGUUAUUGGCGGUGGUGACGGUGGUGUCCUCCGUGAGGUCGUCAAGCACGAGACCGUUGAGGAGGCCAUUCUGUGCGACAUCGAUGAGGCCGUCAUCCGUGUCUCCAAGAAGUACCUCCCCGGCAUGAGCAUCGGCUUCCAGCACCCCAACGUCAAGGUCCACGUUGGCGAUGGCUUCGAGUUCCUCAAGCAGCGCCAGAACGAGUUCGACGUCAUCAUCACCGACAGCUCCGAUCCCGAGGGUCCCGCCGAGAGCCUCUUCCAGAAGCCUUACUUCGAGCUCCUCCGCGAUGCGCUGCGCGAGGGCGGUGUCAUCACCACACAAGGUUCCGAGAACCAGUGGCUCCACCUGUCCCUGAUCACCGACCUCAAGAAGGCCUGCAAGGAGGUCUUCCCCGUCGCCGAGUACGCCUACACCACCAUCCCCACCUACCCCUCCGGCCAGAUCGGCUUCAUGGUCUGCUGCAAGGAUGCCACCCGCAACGUCAAGGAGCCCGUCCGCUCCUGGACCCGCGAGGAGGAGGAGCGUCUCUGCCGCUACUACAACCAGGACAUCCACCGCGCCAGCUUCGUCCUGCCCAACUUCGCCCGCAAGGCUCUCAACUAG